UCAUUCAUCUCUCUCUCUCUCUCUCUCUCUCUCUCUCUCUCUCUCAAUUUUUCUACGACCCAGCCCAAUAAUAAUAAAUGAGUCUCGAUUCAUUAACCACGCUCUCACACACAACCACCAUGCUUAAUGAAUUCCACUAAUCAAUCAAUCUCAUCAGUAAUCAGUUACUAUAACUACUACACUAAUCUAAUUAUCCAAUUAUAAUUAUAGCUGCCCCUCCCCUCAGACUUUUUCAUUUAACUCGGCUCAAACAAAAUAAAAAGUUACAAACUUUAGGAACAAACAAGAGAAGGGGAGAGAGAUAUUGAGGGGGUUCUGCUUUUCUUUCUCAUUGGGGGCGCCGCCACCUUAUUAGGACACUCUCUUUGUCCAAUUUUCGAUCAGAGUGAUUUCCGGUUAAGAGGGUUUUCCUUCCUUUUUUCUCUCUUUUUAUGGCUUCAGGCAGAGUUGUUUAAGGUGCCACUAUUGGGUUUAAUCAUUUGAGCUCUUUGGAUAACGUGAAUUUUGGUCAGAGACCCCAUCAUCAGAGCUGGUAGGUGGUGCGAAAAUUCAGAAAAAAAAAGAGGUAGAAAGAAGAAAAACAAAUCAAAGGUUGACUGGUAGAUAUAGAUAGAAAGAGAGAGGGGGGAAAGUGGGAGAAGCUUACAGAGCAGGGGAAACAAAAAAGAAAACCCUAGAACAAGAACAAACAGAGAGAAAGAGGGGAAAGGGAAAAAAAAAAUUAAAACUUUAUAGCUCAGAAGAGAGAAAAAACGUAGCUUUGAAAUUUUUAUAGAGAGGGGUAAAUGCCCUGAGAUUUAUAAAGAAGAAAAUUUUGCCAUGCCGGUUGAUUUAGACAAUGUUUCAACAGCUUCAGGGGAAGCUAGUGUUUCUUCCUCUGGCAAUCAGACAGUACCUUCAAAAUCAGCCACCAAGAAAAAGCGUAAUCUUCCAGGAAUGCCAGAUCCAGAUGCAGAGGUGAUUGCUCUGUCUCCGAAGACCCUAUUGGCGACGAACAGAUUCGUGUGCGAAAUCUGCAACAAGGGUUUCCAGAGGGAUCAGAACCUUCAGCUCCAUCGAAGGGGUCACAACCUUCCAUGGAAGCUGAGGCAGAGGUCGAGCAAGGAGGUGAAGAAGAGGGUGUACGUGUGCCCCGAGCCAACGUGCGUUCACCACGAUCCUUCACGCGCGCUCGGGGAUCUCACCGGAAUCAAGAAGCACUUCUGCAGAAAGCACGGGGAGAAGAAGUGGAAAUGCGACAAGUGCUCUAAGAAAUACGCUGUUCAAUCAGAUUGGAAGGCUCACUCUAAGAUUUGCGGCACUAGAGAGUACAAAUGCGAUUGUGGCACUUUGUUCUCAAGGAGGGAUAGCUUCAUCACGCAUAGGGCUUUUUGUGAUGCGUUGGCGGAGGAAAGUGCGAGAUCUCAGACUCAUUCACAAACUACUCAGUCUCAGAUUGGUGUUAAGGUUAGUUCUGAAUCAGAUUCUAAGGCUGUUAAUGCUGAAUCUUCGUCGCCUCAGCCGACACCUCCACCUCCUGCUACUACUCCUGCUCCUGCUCCUCCACCACCGCCGCCUCCUCCGGUUCAGCCGGAAGCUCCGCCACUGCCGGCCACUACUACUACUACCACCACCACCACCCAGCCAAACAGUGUUGUUGUGCCACUGGUUUUGCAGACUCAUAAUCCAGAGUUGCCAGAAAAUUCCCCACAAAUCAUAGAAGAGCCACAAGCUAACACUGCUCUGAAUGGGAGCUGUAGCAGCAGCACUAGCUCAACAAGCAAUGGUGGUACUAGCAGCAGUGUAUUUGCAAGUUUGUUUGCUUCAUCAACUGCAUCGGGUAACCUGCAAUCCCAAACACCACCUGCAUUUACCGACCUCGUAAGGGCCAUGGGGCCCCCUGAUCAUCCAACAGAUCUCCCAGGGCCAUCCUCCUCGGAGCCCAUUUCUUUGUGCCUUGCCACUAAUCAUGGCUCGUCAAUUUUUGGAACAGGAGGGCAGGAGCGCCGCCAAUAUGCACCACCGCCACAGCCAACCAUGUCUGCCACUGCUUUGCUGCAAAAAGCAGCUCAAAUGGGUGCGGCUGCAACCAAUGCCUCGCUGCUUCGUGGUUUAGGUAUAGUGUCCUCAUCUGCUUCGUCUUCACCAGCUCAGCAAGAUGGCUUGCAAUGGGGUCAGCAGCCGGCUGAACCAGAGAGUGCCUCGGUUCCGGCGGGGCUUGGACUUGGGCUGUCUUUUGACAGUGGCUCUGGACUAAAGGAAUUAAUGAUGGGGACUCCUUCCAUGUUUGGUCCAAAGCAUACCACCCUCGAUUUUCUAGGAUUGGGGAUGGCUGCUGGGGGAACUCCUGGUGGAGGCUUGUCGGCACUCAUCACAUCUAUUGGUGGUGGUUUGGAUGUUAGUGCUGCAGCAGCAGCAUCUUUUGGAAACGGAGAGUUUUCUGGCAAAGACAUUGGGCGGAGCACAUGAUAAUUUUGGUGGAAGGACUGCAUAUAUUUUUUCAGGGCCUUGAAGUUCUGGUUGUACAGAAUUGUAUGGUCUUUUGUACAAUAUGAAUCUGCAAUGCAUCAGGGAGGGAGGAUUAGUAAGAUAUAGUAUAUGAUCCUAAUAUGCAGUGCAUCAAGCAUUGUGAAAAAAGGGUUAUUUAUGCCUCUAAUAUGAGUGGGAAAAGACACUAUUAUAGUAAAAAUGAAAAGGGCCAGAGCUUUUGUUCGUAGUAAAUAGCUUGGUCCGGACCACUCUAUCUGGGUGAACUAAAAGGUUGGAAUUUGAUGUAUGUAUUGGUGUCGUAGGCUAUGGCGACAAUGACGAGUUUUGAAGGGUACACAUCUAAAAGAUGUUUUUGCUUCUUGAGCAUAUACAUUUUUGAUCAAGUAGUGAAAUCCUUUUGGAUUAUUUUGGUUGGUCAGUGGCUGUAGCAUGUAGGCAUGAAUUAGGAAACUUUUGAUGUUUGUGUUUUAUGUUGACGGUUGAAAUUUAUUGUCACAAGGUGGAAUUUGGCAGUACGCGGUUGGUUGGAUAUAAAAUCAAUCUCGUAUAUGAACUUUCAUAUCAAUUUCUCA